GCGUAAAAAUGACUGGGCUUUGUGUUGUUUAUCCCUGGAGAGGAGAAGGGUAAAGAAGACCCUCAAACUGGAUUUGCUGAUGGAAUGCUUUUAACUCACCUAUGCGGAGAGAGGACUUUAAGAGAGGGCGUGCCGGUGCCCCGGACAAAACCUGGGGAAUACUGAAAGCCACCAUCACCACCAUCAUUCCAGCAUCCAGAUCUCAGUCCUGGGUUGGUAUUGUAGGGUAUUUAUUUGACUUGACGGCGCCUUUCAAAGUUUGCGAGGCUCCCUUCCUCUUCCUCGCGUGCACCUGCCCAGCGGGUGCCCGGCGCCUCGCGGGCGGACCCGGGCUGGUGGGCGGGGCCUGCAGCGGGGUAGGAGCCGGAUCGCCCCGCCCCGCCCCGCUCCGCUGGUUCCCGGAAGCGACCGCGUACGAGCGCUCUCGGGCGCGGGCGGGGGUCGUGUGCCUGGAGGAAGCCGCGGCACCCCCGGCGGCCGUCCAUGGAGCGGAGCCUCGGGACCUGGCUGGGCUGCUGCCUGCUGGUGUCAGUUAUAGGAUAUUCCAAGAUAAAUGCCCGAGUACUACCUUGACGGAAUGUGAUUUCUCAAGUCUUUCCAAGUAUGGUGACCACACCUUGAGAGUCAGGGCUGAAUUUGCAGAUGAGCAUUCAGACUGGGUAAACAUCACCUUCUGUCCUGUGGAUGACACCAUUAUUGGACCCCCUGGAAUGCAAGUAGAAGUACUUGCUGAUUCUUUACAUAUGCGUUUCUUAGCCCCUAAAAUUGAAAAUGAAUAUGAAACUUGGACUAUGAAGAAUGUGUAUAAUUCAUGGACUUAUAAUGUGCAAUACUGGAAAAAUGGUACUGAUGAAAAGUUUCAAAUUACUCCUCAGUAUGACUUUGAGGUCCUCAGAAACCUGGAGCCAUGGACAACUUAUUGUGUUCAAGUUCAAGGGUUUCUUCCUGAUCGGAACAAAACUGGGGAAUGGAGUGAGCCUGUCUGUGAGCAAACAACCAGUGACGAAACGGUCCCCUCCUGGAUGGUGGCCAUCAUCCUCAUGGCCUCGGUCUUCGUGGUCUGCCUGGCACUCCUUGGCUGCUUCGCCUUGCUGUGGUGCAUUUAUAAGAAGACAAAGUACACCUUCUCCCCUGGGAAUUCUCUUCCACAGCACCUGAAAGAGUUUUUGGGCCAUCCUCAUCAUAACACACUUCUGUUUUUCUCCUUUCCAUUCUCGGAUGAGAAUGAUGUUUUCGACAAGCUAAGUGUCAUUGCAGAAGACUCUGAGAGCAGCAAGCAGAAUCCUGAUGACAGCUGCAGCCUCGGGACCCCGCCUGGGCAGGGACCCCAGAGCUAGGCUCUGAGAAGGAAACACACUCGGCUGGGCACAGUGACGUGCUCCAUCUCACAUCUGCCUCAGUGAGGGAUCGGGGCAGAAAACGAGGGCCAAGACCAUCUAAGCCAGCCCCACUUCUAGAACUCCCAGACCCUGGACUUACCUAAGCAACCAAAGAGCUACAUUUUAAAGGUUCGCUUGGCAAAAAUAUUCCAUUUGGGAACUCACUGCCUUAUAAAGGCUUUCGCGAAGUUUUUAAAAGUUGGCCACUGACAGUGUAAUUUUCAGCCCCUUAUAUCACUAAAAUAGGAUCAUGUUUUAAUUGUGAGAAACAGGGCCGAGCACAGUGGCUCACGCCUGUAAUACCAGCACCUUGGGAGGCUGAGGCAGGCGAAUCACCUGAGGGCAGGAGUUCAAGACCAGCCUGGCCAACAUGGUGAAAGCCUGUCUCUACUAAAAAUGCAAAAAUUAGCUGGGCGUGAUGGCGCAUGCCUAUAAUCCCAGCUACUCAAGUGCCUGAGGCAGGAGAAUUGCAUGAAUCCGGGAGGAGGAGGAGGUCGCAGUGAGCCGAGAUAGCGGCACUGCACUCCAGCCUGGGUGACAAAGUGAGAUUCCGUCUCAAAAAAAAAAAAAAAAAAUUGUGAGAAACAGAAAUAUUUAAAAAUUUUAAAUGAGGAAUAAGAAUGGAGAUGUUGUAACGUUCUACCAGAUUAUGGAUAGAUUGAUCUGAAAAUCAAUCUCAACUCAAGGGUGGUCAGCUCAAUGCUAUCCAGAACACGGACUUUUGGAUUCUUUGGGGUACUUUGACUGAAUUUAUUUUUCUACCUAUAUAUGUUUUAUAUGCUGCUGAUGCUCCAUUAAAGUGUUACUCUCUGUGGCACU